GGUUGAUUGACAGUUGUGGGAUUUGACAGGUCAAAGUUUUAUUCGGAGCAGAAAAAGUUACCGGAGCAUAAAACAACACGAACAUGGAACAAGACGGAGACGACGGGGACCGGCCGUCCGGCGGAGACGUGGACGAGGACUCUGGAGACGUGGGUGUGAUGGACCAGGACUACGACCCGUCCUGUGCCAGGGAGCUGGCCCUGCUGUCCCUGAUGGAGAGGACGGGCUACAGCAUGGUCCAGGAGAACGGCCAGAGGAAGUACGGCCCGCCCCCGGGCUGGGAGGCCCCGCCCCCCCCGCGGGGCUGCGAGGUGUUCGUGGGGAAGAUUCCCAGAAACAUGUACGAGGACGAGCUGGUGCCUCUGUUUGAGACCGCGGGACAGAUCUACGAGUUCAGGCUGAUGAUGGAGUUCAGCGGAGACAACCGAGGCUACGCCUUCGUCAUGUACACCAGCAGGGACGCCGCUCACAGGUCCAUCCAGAUGUUGGACAACUACGAGGUGCGUCCAGGAAAGUUCAUCGGAGUCUGUGUGAGUCUGGACAACUGUCGUCUGUUCAUCGGCUCCAUCCCCAAAGACAAGAGGAAGGAGGACAUCCUGGACGAGAUGCAGAAGGUGACGGAGGGCGUGGUGGACGUCAUCGUUUACUCCAGCUCCACAGACAAGAGCAGGAACCGCGGCUUCGCCUUCGUGGAGUACGAGUCCCACAAAGCUGCUGCUAUGGCUCGAAGGAAGCUGAUCCCCGGAACCUUCCAGCUGUGGGGACAGUCCAUCCAGGUGGACUGGGCUGAGCCGGAGAAGGACGUGGACGAGGAGGUGAUGCAGCGCGUCAGAGUCCUCUACGUGCGUAACCUGAUGCUGGAGACGUCUGAGGAGUGCCUCCUGCAGGAGUUCUCCUCCUUCCGUCCCGGGUGUGUGGAGCGCGUGAAGAAGAUCGGAGACUACGCCUUCGUCCACUACCGUCACCGUGACGACGCCGUCACCGGCCAGCUGCUGAUGAACGGGGCCCAGGUGGACGGCGCCACGCUGGAGGUCACGCUGGCCAAGCCGGCCGGGGUCAAGGACGCCAGCGCCGCCGCCAGGAGGUACAGUGGGAGGAGCUACACGGGGAGCAUGGCGCCCAGAGGAGGAGCAGGAGGAGGAGGGGGAGGAGCAGGGGGGAGGUUCAUGAUGCACAAGAACGACCCAGGGAUGAUGGGAGGAGCAGGGGACAGGUGCUCCCCACACAGACCCCUGCACAGUCGCCUGGGAAACCCCUUCUACACAGGAGCAGGCGAAGGAGGAGGCGACGGAGGAGGGUCCCACGAGGACGUGGACAAGCUGAUGUCCCCCCUGGUCCCCGGGACGCCCCUGUCCCCCACCAGCCUCCUGUCCCUGAAGCAGAGUCAGAUCUGCUCGGCCGUCAGCCUCCUGGACUUCUACUGCCUGAAGAACUACUGGCCCCCCCCCGAGUACCACCUGUUCUCCAGCCCGGGCCCCCACGGCACCACCAUGCUGCUCUACAAGGUUGUGAUGCCGUCCACACACAGAACCUACCUCCCUGAUAAGUUGUGUUUUCUACUGGACGACGCCAAAGAGUUGGCAGCUCUGACCACACUGUGGAACCUGGACUCGUUCCUGGUGAACGGGACGUCCUGUGAUGCUCCCAGUGGACCCCCGUCUCCUCUGUCCAUGGCCCCGCCCUCCUCCCCCUCCUCCUCCCCCGGCCCCGGACCCAUCAGCUGUGGGGACAGGGCCUUCGCCUCCUGCCUCCCUCCUCCUCCUCCUCCUAGGCUGUACCUGAGCCCCCAGUCUCCGUCCUACUGA